CUAAAUAAUAUUUAACCUUUAAAAGUUUGUUUCCUCUUUUAAAAUGAAAAUAACAAGUGAUGUCAAUAAUGAAGAUAUACAAAAACUCAAAGAUGUGGCGAAUAAACUGAGAAUACAUUCUAUAGAGGAAACUAAUGCAUCCAAUUCGGGCCACCCCACCAGUUGUUGUUCAUGUGCAGAGGUUAUGUCUGUCUUAUUUUUUAAUGAAAUGCGCUAUAAGCCAGAGAAUCCUCAAGACCCAGCUAAUGAUCGCUUUGUUUUGUCUAAAGGUCAUGCCGCACCUAUUUUAUAUGCUUGUUGGGCAGAAGCUGGUUUUAUACCUUUGGCGCAUUUAUUAACCCUUCGAAAAUUUGAUUCAAACUUACAAGGACAUCCAACAGCUGAGCUGCCUUUCAUUGAUGUAGCCACUGGAUCACUUGGGCAGGGAUUGAGUUUUUGCUGUGGAAUGGCUUAUACUGCUAAGUAUUUAGAAAAUGGAAAGGCUCCUUUAAGAGUUUAUUGUUUGAUGGGUGAUGGUGAGUUUGCUGAAGGAAGUGUGUUUGAAGCCAUGAGUUUUGCUUCAUUUUAUGAGCUUGAUAACUUAGUGGCUAUCAUUGAUGUUAAUCGUUUAGGACAAAGUGGGGAAACCAUGCUCGAAAAAGAAAAUAAAUCUGAUUUUUAUGCCAAAAGAGCAGAAGCUUUUGGCUUUCAAGCAGAAACUAUUGAUGGUAAUAGUGUUGAAGCUUUGAUAGGGGCAUUUACAAAUGCAAGGAACUGUAAGAAAAAACCUUAUUGUAUUGUUGCCCAAACCUUAAAAGGAAAAGGGAUUCCAGGUAUUGAAGGCCAAUCAAAUUGGCAUGGAAAACCCUUAGGUGAUAAAGCAGCUGAUGCCAUUAAAGCUAUUAAAAGCCACAUUGUCAAUCAAAAUCUUGGGGUUCCACCAUUGAAAAUUAAAUCUCCAGAAUUUCAACUUGCCCCUAACCAAUUGGAAAAAAUUCACAUCAAUCUCAGUCAAUUUCCAAAAUACAAAAUUGGUGAAAAGAUAGCGACCCGUGCAGCUUAUGGUGAUGGUCUAGUGAGCCUCGCUGACAAUUGCCCCUUGAUUGUGGGUAUGGAUGGAGAUGUCAAGAACUCAACAUUCUCAAUAAAACUAAUGGAAAAGCACCCAGAUCGGUUCAUAGAAUGCUAUAUAGCAGAACAGUUACUUGUAGGUGUAGCAAUAGGCUGUGGUGCUAGGUCAAGGACUAUACCCUUUGCUUCUACCUUUGCCUGCUUUCUGACUCGGGCAUUCGAUCAGAUACGCAUGGCAGCUCUCAGCCAGGCAAAUAUUAAGCUAUGUGGAAGUCAUUGUGGGUGUUCUAUAGGUGAAGAUGGCCCUUCACAGAUGGCUCUUGAGGAUAUAGCCAUGUUUAGAUCUAUCCCCAAAUGUUUGAUUAUCUACCCCUCCGAUGCUGUAGCCACCGAAAAGGGCAUGGAACUCAUGGCUAAUUACAAGGGCAUUUCUUAUAUAAGAACAAGUCGACCCACAACUUCUGUUAUAUACUCACCUGAGGAGGUCUUUGAGAUAGGCAAAUGCAAAGUUGUAAAAGAAGGGGUAAAAGAUAAAAUAACUAUAGUUGGGGGAGGAAUAACAUUGUUCGAAGCUUUAGCUGCAGGGAAGGAAUUGUCCAACAAAGGUAUCGACGCCUGUAUCAUUGACAUUUUUUCGAUUAAGCCUAUAGAUGCUAAAACGAUUAGAGAUCAUGCUGUACGAACUGGUGGAAUUUUAUUGACAGUCGAGGACCAUUAUUUAGAAGGUGGCAUGGGAGAAGCUAUCAACUCUGCUCUCUCUGAACAGAAAGAUGUUAAAAUAAAAAAUCUCUAUGUAACUGGAUUGCCUAGGAGUGGGUUACCGGAACAACUUAUGGAACAUUUUGGAAUAUCUAAAAAUUGUAUCGUAAAAGCUGCUCUGGCUCUUUUGCAGCAUUGAUGGAUUACAUUUCAUUCAUAUUUUUUAAAAUACAUUUAUAUGACUAAUCAUGACUUAAUUUUUUAGACAAUUAUAAACAACAUAAUGACUUAUUUUGUGGAAUUAAUUAAAAAUAGUUUUAUAUACUGAUUUAUUUUUAAUUAGUCAAAUUUUGUUAUAUAUAUAUAUAUUUAAAUAAUUAAAUUAUAUAAUUCAUCAAAUAUAAUUUUACAUUAAUCCCUCCAGUCAAACAG